AGGGAAGAAAACGCUUUUUCUCUCCAUCCAGAGGGGUAUCCACAAGUGGCAAAAGUGUAACAUUGCAUUUUUUCUGCUCAAUGAAAACACUGAUAAAACACCAAAAGCAGGCAUGGAGAUGACACUUAUACUGGCUGGAAUGGGAGGUUCGGGGCAGAGAAAACUUUCACUUAUACCUCCAGAGAAUGAGGGUUACAAUGGCACCCUUCUGGAAUCUGUAACAGGAGGUGGGAAAAAUCUGAUCUACAUAGUACCACUUCAGGAAAAACUUGAUAUGUCCCCUCUUCCUUUGGAUGCCAAAGAAUUUAAAGGCAUGCCCAAGGCAUCAUGCAAAGUUUGUAAUGCUACCAUGCCACUGCAAGUCUUGGCUGUCCAUGUUAAAACAUGUGUUGACCUCAGAUCCUCUGGAGAGGAAUUUGAAAUUCCUAACACGUCUCAUCAUGAGAUAAGUGCUGAUGGAGGUACUCCAGUUGCAUCGACAUUAAGGACAAACAACACAAAGAUCCUUGAAACUUCUGAAGGGACACCUAUGUAUGUCAAGAGGAAUAUACACUGGACGUUUUACAGAUCCAUGCCAGCUGUUCUGGAUAGAGUGUUGAGGAAGCAUCUGGACCAGACCAGGUUCACAAAUCAACCGGACGUGGAGAAAAAAAGUCUUGAUGAUGUCAUAAAAGAAAUCACAAAUGCAGUAUCAACCGAUGGAGUUACCUUUGAUAUUGCUGUGUCUCGCAAAAACAUGCUGGAAAGAGGCAUUGCGCAAUGGCAACGGCAAAAGAAGACAUCCCCAACCAACCCACUGAAAGUCACCUUCAUAGGUGAAGUUGGCAUUGACACAGGGGCCCUCCGUAAGGAAUUUUUGACAGAAAUGGUUUCAGGGAUUGAGAGGCGCUUCUUUUUGAAGGGAGUUAAUGGCUGCGUACCCACGUAUUCCUUGUCAGAUUUGGACAAAGGUCAUUUCCGGACUGUUGGUGAAAUAAUGGCAGUGAGCUUGGCUCAAGCUGGACCAGCUCCAAACUUUCUGAUGCCUUGGUGCUACAGAUUCUUGUGCACGGGUUCACCUGACUUUGAAAGCAUGGGCAGAAACGAUGUGGUAGAUGAAUACUUCAUUGAUCUUAUAUCAAAGGUUGAGUCUGCCAAUGAGACAACCCUUCUAGAUAUCACUGAAGACAUCUUGAACUGUGGUUAUACAGGAAUUAUUCUUUUGGAUAAAAAGGAAGAAAUGAUGCGAUCAGUUGUACUUCAUGCAAAUCUGAGGUUGCUCCCAAUUUUGCAGCAGCUAAGGAAAGGGCUCAGACUCUAUGGCUUGUCAGAUAUAAUGAGCACAUACCCAGAUACUUGCCAGCCAUUGUUUGUGCCAGGUGUUGAAAUGAAAGCAGAUGCAGACUUCAUCAUCUCUGUCUGCCAAGCUGAAUUCAGUGAGAAGGGUUCUAACAAGGAACAAUCUGAGGUCGACCUGAUGAAUCAUUUUCAGGAUUUUCUCCAGGAACUCGAGCAAGGUGAAUCCUCUUUGAGUUCUGAGAAUGGCUCAUCCCUGUCUCCAAGCGCCUUCUUGCAGUGGAUUACAGGACAGGCCCAUAUUCCUGUUCUGCAAGAGGAGAGGAAGAACUUUCAAGUGAAUGUGCAGUUCCUUCAUCAGUGUGAAUCACAAUAAGUUCAACACAAAAUAUGUUAUCCUUCUGUGGCCGCAUGCAUUAACACCAUAACAUUCCCAGUUCAACACAUGCAAUCAUAUGAUGACUUUAAAUGUGUUCUUCUCGAAGCAUUCCAUAUGGGUCAGGAAUUCACAAGAGUGUAAAAGUUACAUUAACACCGGUUUCUUGGAUCUGAUUAAGUAGCCCUAUGUGUAAUAUUCUGUGUUCUGUUCCUGUUUGUGUUAUGCAAGUUAUUUUACUCUCCUGUCUUAAGUUCUCUGGCUACUUUGAGUUUUGUCUUGUCUAGGUUCUUGUUUAGAUUGUUUAUUGUUUUAGUUUACCCUGUUGUGUCAUUCAGUUUUAUUCUUGGCUUUAUCUUCUGUUUUAGGUUUGUACUUUAGGGUUGUUUUGUUCCUUAUCAAGUCUGGUGUAGUUUCUGUUUCUGUCCACUUGUCCUGUCAGCUUUUUUAGUUUAGGUUUGGUUUCUGAUCUGUUCUUGUUUUGAGCCUCAGCACUGAUGUCUGGUCUAAUUACUUACUCU